GAAUCCGUCACUGGUACACCGAUCCAUCAGCUGGCGCUCAAAGUGGCUUGCGUCUCGAUCGUUGUCCCGCGAUAAGUUAUAUCUACACUAUCUUUCCCGAAAUGCCGAAUUUUGCAAAGUGGCAUUUCGCGCUAAUCGUUAUUUCUUGUGUGACGAUCGGCCACGCCCUAGAGUGUUACGUUUGUACGGAUCAGGAAGGCAAUCGAGAUAAAUGCUUGAAUACCAUCAAGACCUGCGAACAGGGACAAGAUAUUUGCCUGACGGAGAUUAAAUGGGGCAGUACACCAUAUUGGUCUCAAGGUGCUAAGAAACAAUUUUAUGUCUCUAAAAAAUGUGCUACUAAAAGAGAAUGCGAGAGAUUGCAACGCAAUAACAUGCCUGAUUGCACUCAUAUCUGGUAUCAGGAUUGGAAGUGUUCCUCUUGCUGUCAAGGUGAUAGGUGUAACUACUAUGUUAUUUCUGGUGGAAACAAAAGAAAAACACAUAGUGGUAUAUUUGCCAUAACAGUCUUGGUCUCUUUGUUGGGUGCAUCGAGAUUUCAAUGAUAGCUGUGCUGCAGAAAUGAUUAGCUGACGUUUUAGUCAACUGACAAAUCAAUUGAUCGAAUCUCAUCACUGCAGACUGAAUAUGUAAAAACUUUUUUAACCCCUUUGUGGGUACGAACAAUUUCACUAUUUGUACCUAUUUGGGCAAGAAGAAAAAAAUCAAAAGUGAUUAUAUUUGAAAGAUUUAUUAGAGGUUUUUUAGGUCACUGAAUACGAAUUUGAGAUAAAAAAUUUCAUAAUUCAGAAUAGCAGAUCUAAUAAUCAUUGAUUAAAAAUACAAAAAAGUAAAAAAUGUAAAGUAUAAAAACAAAA